GUAAAACGAGUUUUGCCCAUUAUUGCUUAUACUAUACAACUUUGGCUUAUUGUGAAAAUGAAAAAAGCGUUCGGUUGAACCUUGCCCCAUGGAGAUCCUCGUGAUUGGUUUUUUUCAGUAGAUUUUGUUAACAAUUAUUACACCAAGUUGUUGCCCAUAGGCAUCACAUAGCCAAUUUUAUUUUGCAAAAAACACCCAUAAAUUUGAAAAAAAAAAAAGAAUUGGGGCAACGUUGUCUCUGCGUGAAAAUGAUGACGAGUUUAUAGCUAUAGGAAGUCAGUGUAAUCCAGUCAGCAAUGGAGUUUCAUAAUGAGGUCCCUGAUAAAGAAACACUGCAGCUUGCGCCAGAUGCAAACAUUUCCACUACACAUUUUCCCUUCGUCAUUGAGGAUUUGAUAUUACAUUUGUUUUCACAUGAAUACGAACUUUGCCAAACAGGCGUAGCCAUUCAAAUUCUACGGGAAAUUACACUUCAAAUCAAGAUCUUUGUAUUAGGCCAAGGAAAAUUCUUUCUCUCGUGGUCUUUCUUCCGUCUCCACUGUGUUUUAAUCGAUAUGCCAGGGCCUUGCAAACCACGCGCAAUUUCCGAAUAAGAUCCCCCUGAAUCAAUAUCUCAUUCUUGUAACCCUAAACUGGUUUUGUAUUCCAAUUUCCUGAAAAUGUGACUGCUUUUCAUCGAGAAUGAGGAUUGAUUGCUGCAUGUGUAGCUAGGGUGCUUCAAGAGAAGUUAGUCCCACAGGUACUUGGUUAUGACUCAGGUGCACUCUGCAAAGAAAAUCAGCCUGAUUGGGCUUAUCUGGUCAGGGUUAUGAAUCUUCGCACACGCUCAUGUAUCGUGUCAGUCUUAUCAAGAGUUUCCCCGAAUCGACAGGGAAUAAUAGGCUGCUUACAAUGACGCCAGGCAUUCUUUCCUUGUGUGCUUUCCUGUGGUAGUGAGAUGGGGCGCGAUCUAUCAAGUCCCCAGAGGAAAGCGCAUAUGAAACCAAAGCCUGACGUCACUAUCUUUUUGAGUAAUUAAGUCCAAAUCAUAGCCAACCCACAACAAUCAGUGGAUUAAGAGUUAAACAUCUUAGGUUUUCAUAGUGUGGUGAUACAAAGUGGGGACUUCCUUUCAAUGUUUGAAAACUACUUGAGAUCAGAACUCGCAAAAUAAGUCAUAUAGGGCCAUUUGAUCAGAUAUUUUGGUUUAGUUUGCUCAGAAAGACUACUUACUUGCAUCAACUAGUGUGCAUGGCGUCCAGACGACAACGGUCAGUGAGUGUAUGCAAAUGUUGAGGGUUCCCUUUGAUUCAUUAUGCAAGAUUUGAGUCAAAAAUGGCACCCAGGGGCCGCUACUCGUUUGCGUUAAAGGUCGGAUGACACAUUUGAAAUAUAAUCACUUUUUCCUUUCUUAAGUGCUAACCAUGAUAAAUUUCUCCCAUAGACAGAGAUAAUGGCGCGUAAAAUCUUUUGUUUAUAAUGGGACGGAUACGUCUUACAUGUCAUUUAAGCCUUUAUCAACGCAAAGCUGCAAGUGAUCUCUUUCGUGUUCGAAACUUGACGUUUCACCAUCUUAAGGCUAUACCGUAGCUAAUGGUAACACACUGGAAAUGUUAACCUUUUUAUAGUCAAAAUGGAAACUUGGAAAGAACGGAGAAAACCGUUUUCCCUCAGACGCCAGACAAGAAUAUGUCGAAUCUUUAAUUCCCUGUGCUAAUGCAAAAGCUAAAUGAUUACUUUUGAAUCAAAAUAAAAUUCUGAUGUAGCUUCCAUUUUCAAUUUUAUAUGAUUGUAGUCUGUUCCUGAAGUGGAACUGACAUCCAUUUUGCUAGUGAGGCUGGGCAUUGGUGUUCUCCCAGAAUAACAUUGUUAUGAUUUCCUCUUUCAUUUCACUUCCAAUCACUCCCGUCGUAAAUCACGUCCACAAUUGUAAUCGAGUCGAGUUGGCCGGCUUGUUCUUUAACCAGAUUGCGGUUCAUUUCUCUUGGCUGUCGAUCUUUACAGUCUGUGUUGAUUCGUUUAGCUGGGCUGAGUCUGCCUGCCCGCCGCCGAUGAAAUACUGUUCAGUUCAAUAAACGUGUCACCUUAUUGAAUUAUCGCGCGCCUUUAUUGCCGCUUUACAAGCGCCGUCACGGGCUCGGAUAUGCGCGUUAAUGCGCUCCACUAAAUCUCCACUGCCGGAAAAAAAACUGGCAGACGCGUUGAGCCGAGUAACCUGAUCCGUAAAAAGCAACCGCUGUGUGUUUAGAAGUGACAAUGAGAAGAGACGAAUUAGGCCUGCGAAUGGCAGAUCAGAAGUGAGCGCAACGAGCCGUUGACAGGUCCCAGCUUCCGGAGUGACGCACGUGGCUUAGGAGAGGUGUCGGAUGAAGAGUAGAUGUUACCAGUUGUCAAUUCGCCAUCGAGGAGAGUCUAGAAACACCUGGCAAAACUUGGGCAAAUUUUGCGCGAGAUCAAGCCGUUUUUAUUCCAAGGUAUCGAGUGAUCUGGUCCAAGCAAAUCGUGAGACAUUACUCGUUGGGUUAUUUGGAGGGGGUUAUGGAUGUACCCUGAGACAACAUCAGCGCGUGAAAGGGGUUGUCGCGCUUCAUUUUGAGCACUGCAGUCACUUGAUGAAGGCACGCCGAGUUUCAAUCGAUCGGCUCUUACGGACAGAUCCGGCUGAUAAUCUGUAAGUGCAUCUGGCGAGCCGUACAUGUGACGGUUCGUGCAUGUUCGAUGACAUCAGCAAUCUACGGCCGGAGGUUCACGCCACGUUGAAAGUUGCCUCCACUUUUAAAGGCAUUGUCCGCGCAGUCGCCAAGGAAUUCUUUGACAGCGAGCUCAAGAUGGAGGUGAUAGACGAGACUCACGAGGAGGAGCGCAACGGCAAGAAGGAGCACGUGACCUUCGCCAUCUACCAAAGACGUAUCCGCAAAAUCGACGAGGGACCGCCCAAGUUUGUGGCGCAGUCACGGAAGCACAGCGAGCAGCAACUCAACAAGGAGUGGGUGAGCGAACAGGCUUGCUCUCCCGUGGGUGAUGAGUUUGAGGAGUGGCAGCCUUAUCCGUGGGAUGAAACGGAUGUUCAAGCAGUGUUCCGCAACAUUGAAGAGCACAAGGAGGCGGGCACCAAGCCCCUGAACCACUACUCCCCUAAGAAGAUCCAGUCCCUCAUCUCCCUGGGCAACCUGUACGGCAGCUUCAACCCCACCUACCCGGAGAAGCUCUGGAUGACGCAGCAGGUCUUUUGCGAGUAUUUCCCCUACCACCUGGUCUUCGACGGGGAGCUCAUGAUCAUGCAGGCCGGCGUGCACAUCCAGCGGAUCAUGCCCCGGCUUCGUAGCCUGGAGGGCAACCCGGUCUGCGCGUUCUUCGAUCUGAUCCACCCCCAGAUAGAUUGGAGCAUCCGGAGCAUACAAAAGUUCGAGAACAUGCAGUUUGUGCUGCAGACGAGGCGGGAUUCCAUGACGCCCGAGUGGGGUAGAGACCAGCCCAUGUUACAACUACGAGGUCAGAUGGUGUGGAUGGAGUCGCUAGACGCCAUGGUCUACAUCUGCUCGCCCCGCGUGGCCAGCUUAAAGGAGUUGGAGGCCCGCAACCUCCACCUGUCCGACAUCCCCUUCCAUGACGUCACCCGCGAUCUCAUCCUCUUUAACCACCAGCGGCUGGCCGAGAUCGAGCUGGGCAAGCAGCUGGAGCAAAAGAAAGAGGAGCUUCGGACGGCCCUGCAGGCCCUGGAGACGGAGAAGCAGAAGACGGACAUGCUGCUCCACUCCAUGCUGCCGCGGCAGGUGGCCGACCAGCUCCGGGAGGGCAAGAAGGUAGAGGCCGGAGAAUAUGAACUUGUGACCAUCUUAUUCAGCGACAUAGUCUCCUUCACGAACAUUUGUUCAAAGUGUAGGCCCAUCGACAUCGUCAACAUGCUGAAUUCAUUGUAUAUACGGUUCGACAAACUAACGACUGUUCACGACGUCUACAAGGUCGAAACCAUAGGCGACGCGUACAUGGUCGUCGGGGGACUGCCCAUACCUAUCACAACCCACGCAGAACGCGUGGCCAAUAUGGCCCUAGGGAUGAUGGUGUUAUCAAGCGAAGUCAUAUCACCUGUCUCGCGGGAACCGAUUGGGAUAAGAAUUGGUAUCCACUCGGGACCGGCGGUGGCGGGGGUUGUAGGCGAAAAGAUGCCUCGCUACUGUCUUUUCGGGGACACCGUCAACACGGCGUCUAGGAUGGAGAGCCACGGAGUUCCUAACAAAAUUCACAUCAGCUCGAGCGCUUAUAGUUGUCUGAGCGACAAGGCCUUCCGCUUUGAGAAUCGGGGAGAGAUCGUGAUCAAAGGCAAGGGGCUCAUGAAUACCUACUUCUUGGAGGGCAACGACAGCGCCACCAUGGAGGAGAUCUUGGGCACCUACCGAGGGAACGAGGCUGACUCCAGCAGAGGAUCGACCCCAGAGAAGACGGAUAAGACGAAAACGCCACCAGACACGCCGUCCUUACUUGUUGGUCGCUAUGUCGGAGUUGACCGAUUUGGGCCGAAAGUAAGCGAUGACACGAAAGUCGUCCCCAUGUACUAUCCUGAUAACGAUAAGAACCGCACUCCGUACAGAACAGGUCAACGCUCAUCGACCGCCAAGAGUUCUUCUGGGACCUCAGCCUCCAGUUCCAGUGAACCAACAAGUGAUGACAGGCCCAAGUGUCCAGUGUACAAGGAGCUGUCGCAAGCCCAGACGAAAAGACCAGUGGACGGCGAGGGCGCAAGGUCGUCACGCAGCUCAGGCGCAACGUCUAGCCCCAGGCGCAUGCGCAACAGGAUUUCAAAUCACAGGGAAUCCAAAACGUGUACAUUACUGUAGUCUUGUAUUAUAAUUUUAUAUCACGUAAUACAUGAAUGAUCGUGCCAAAGUAUAUUUGUAUAUAUUUUGCUGUAAACCUGAAAUUUUGAAGAAUAUUUAUUGAAAUUUUAAAGAAGUAAAAAAUCGGUUGUGCCUAAUCAAGGGCAACAUGCUGGCCAACUGCCCGGCUAUUCUGUAGCAGUUGAAGUAAACAAGAUAUGUUGGUACAAUUGUAGACUAAUUACAGUUGUUAUAACUGAAGUAAAAGGCAAUAAGCAAGUAUGAUUUUUUUAUAAGUUACAAUUAUUUCUAUAAUCCACGAAGUUCGAGGUGUACUCAUACGGAUAUUCUAGCUCCUUCCAAGUUGUCAAGGUCAUUAUGAGGUUGAUAAACAUAAAGCUGUCGUAUAACAUUGUUUUCAUGUGAAAGAAAAUGGUUCUCAACAAAAAUCUGUGGGAAAAUAUCAACUCCAAGUGGUAUUUUAUUAGUGAUUUGGAAUCGAUUUCAUAUUCUUCUCGUAUUGGUGUUUCAAUCAUUGUUUUCCAGUGAUGGUAUUCAUCAUGAAAGUAUUAUUUUGUAUGCAAUUUUAUCACGUUUGUCUAAGCUGUUGUUCACAUCACGGAAGAUAUAUGCCACCCGUCUGAAGUUUUGCCGCACACGACACAAGUAGGCCUACCCAAAAUCCCUUGGACGAUAUAAAACUCUGACAUAAUGCCACUUUUGUUUAAGCCGUCAAUUGUUGCUUCCGCGCUGACAGGAGCAUGAGCCACUGAAACACAACUAUAACCCAUUUAACUUGUGAAGUUUUCAGCUUUGUUGACAGUGUUUCUUUUGAAAAACAAUUUUAAAAACCUGUAAUAAUUAUACUAUCGCGCCAAGGUUUAUCGUUCUCCGUGCACCUUUGAUUGUUAUGGAAUUACAGAACUGGAGUGGAAAGGUAAUAUUCGUUUUUCACUCUUGACAUUUGUCCGAUAAACCACUUUAAUGUUUAGUUUUUCCAAAAGUACUUAAAACUGUUUAGAAGUUAUUAGCUUUUUGGUUUUCUUUGCUUUGAUAUAUAAAUCCAUGCUACUGUCAUAAACCAUCCGUAAGCUAUACGGUGAUAAAGUUACAAUUAAGUUUGACAUAAAGCUAGCAUGCUGAGAAGUACAAAUUUCCAGUGAAACCUCAAUCUCGCUGAAGUUGUAAUAAACUGUAAAUUAUUUUGAUAA